AUGGUGUCUUCCCUAUUGCAGAAGGGCUCACUUCUGUUGCCCAUUCUAGGUCAUAUACUCCCGACUGUCGCGACAUCCGUUCCUGUUGUCUCGUGCUCCAUCAAUCAACCACAAUUAUUUACAAACCCAAGCUUCGAAGAUGGAACUUGGGAUGGCUGGACUGUCACCGACUCUGCCGCUGAUGCCUCUGUAGUGGAUUCAGACUCAUCAAGUUCCGUAUUCACCACGGCUGCAGAUGGAGAGUAUUAUAUCGAUACGCACAGCACACAACUCCGUGGCUCCGAUGCGCUUUUUCUUCGCCAGACUCUUGAUGAACUGGAUACAAGCAUGACCUAUACCAUUUCCUUCUCCAUGGCGGCUGUCGCCCCUACAUCGACGCAGUACUGCUAUAUCUACGUGUUCAAAGAUGCCCAAGAAAAUGCCGAUCUCCUCGAAGAAUUUCAAGUUACGAUAGGAACAAGCGGUCUCCCAUGGACUGAAUACUCGCUCGAGUUCCAACCUACUUCCGAAAGUCACCUUAUUCUUUUCCUACCCGAAUGCACUGGCUCGACGCAUGUUGGAUUCGACAACUUUCAGUUCCUCCAGCCUGCGACCACUCUGUGCUCGACAUCUUACUCUACAGUCCCCGCAGUAUCUUCUACACAGUCCAACAGCAUUGUCUCAUCUCAGGUGGUGAGCCCAACCUCAGUCGCCUCCAGUGAGCCUGCGUCCUCUUCAGUUGCACUGUCAAGCUCAGCCAGUCCUGUUUCUUCCUCGAUCGCAUUGGCGUCCCAAACUGUCAUUGCUUCCAGCAGCCAUGUCCCUUCUUCGUCGCAAUCGUUCGCAUCAAGCUCGGCCACCACUCAGAGGAGCAGCGCUGCUGUGAAGUCUAGUUCGUCUUUGGUUCCUGUUGCCACAUCUCAAUCCAGCGUCGUUAUCAGUGUCAGUCAGGUCCGCAGCGCAUCCCACACACCAUCUGCGCGCGCUUCAAGUCAGCUUGUCUCUGUAUCUUUGCCAUCCAGCCACCACAGUAGUGCGCCGAGAAGUUCGCCUAUUGCGCAUGCAAAGACUGUUGCCUCAUCCUCGCCUGCAUCCACCGGAGCGCACAGCUCUAGCUCAUCCUCAUCAUUCAACACACCUCCAGCCGCGUCUACUUCAUCAUCCAUCUUUUCGUUCGCCUCUCUUUCGGCUUCAUCCUCGACUGCCUCUGUCGCGUCCUCUGACCUACCCACCAUUUCAACUUCCAGCUCUACCGUUAACCCAGUUCCCGCGGCCACAUCUGACGCGUCGGCAAGCUCAUCAGAAACCACUCCAUCCGAUUCCUCCACGCAAACCGAGAUCACGCCUAGCCAGUCUACUGGUGCUAGUGAAUCUGGAUAUACAAUCAUCUCGAACCCCACUAGUACUGAAUCCAGUGGCGAUAAUGGAAACGGCAAUGGAGGAGAGACCGUUACUGGAACUUCCUACUCUACUACACCCGCACAGGUUGGAGACGCCGAAACCAGUAGCGUGACCCACCCUGCAAGUCAAUGGAUUUCCAGCAGCACUGUGGUAGUCACUGAGACUGUCACAUUAGCCUGGCCGAGUGGUCAUGCUGUUACCAAAACUAUCUACCAGACUGUCGUCGAAUGCCCAGAGGAUGAACAGACAACUUCUGCUUCCUCAGCCCCUACUACUAUGAGCACCGAGGAUGGGGGAUCUGACACAGCCCCAGCCACACUCUCCACUGAUGCUGCAUUUGUGACUGCAUUUUCUGGAAUCUCAGCAUCAUCCAGUUCAAGCGAAGAAUCAUCCUCUUCAGCUUCCAGCGACAUCCCCGAGUCGGAAAACUCUACAAAUGUCUCGGAACCCGUCUCCUCGUCUCGCCCACUUCACAUUGCAGCUCAUACAUUUGGCCUUACUCAUAGCUCGUCCCACUAUGCGGUUGGUUCUUUCAAAUCCACUCAAGCCGUGACCACUUCAAGCUCUGCUUCUUCAACAACAACCCCGAUCGGCGCGGUUUACACUGGUUUUGGUACACGAAUGGAAAAUCAGUCCACCUUCGCGAUUGUUGUGAUUAUUGCGGUACUCGUGUUUGGUGAUUUACUCUAA